AUGAAUCUUGAACCCCCUCCCUCUCCUCCACGGAGUGGCACAUCCACGCCACAAGUCAUGGAAGAGAAAGAACCAGAAAACUACAUGGUGACAUGGGAGGGUCCAGAUGAUCCUGCCAACCCCAAAAACUGGAGUACAAGCAGGAAAUGGACAAUAUCCUUGAUUGUCUCUGCUUUUGCAUUCCUCUCGCCGCUCUCCUCGUCGAUAGCCGCGCCGGCUCUCGACACCAUUGCCGGCGACUUACACAUCCAAUCCUCCUCGGAGAUGAACCUGGUCAUGUCCAUCUUCAUGAUCACCUACGCCGUGGGGCCAUUCGUGCUCUCGCCGUGCUCAGAAGUAUGGGGCCGUCGACGGAUCAUCAGGUUCGGAAACCUCAUCUUCAUCAUCUUCACCACGCUGUGCGGCUUUGCACAGUCAAAGGGACAGAUUAUAGCUUUUCGCUUCAUGUCUGGCCUGGGUGGAAGCGCAACCAUGGGGAUGGGUAGUGGUAUUCUCGCAGAUUGCUGGAGAUCAGAGGAGCGUGGAAAAGGUCUCGCCGUGUACCAGCUGGCGCCCGUAUUGGGUCCCGCAAUUGGACCUAUUGCGGGAGGAUAUCUCCUCGAGUACAGCAAGACCUGGCGAUGGUCAUUCUGGGCCAUUGUGAUUUUCAACCUCGUCACCCAGAUUGUCGCCUUCUUCUUUCUGCACGAGACAUAUGCGCCGCGCAUCCUCGGACUCAAGGCCCGAGCCCUCCGCAAGACGACCGGCAACUCUGCCUACCGGACCGAAUAUGAGAGGGAGGACCGCAAGCUGUCGUUGCUGCUCAGGACGUCCCUGUCGCGGCCGUGGGUCAUGCUCGCCACGCAGCCCAUUAUACAGGCCCUGGCGCUGUACCAGGCAUUCAACUAUGGCAUGAUGUACCUCAUCAUCUCGUCGUUCCCCACGCUCUGGAGAGACGUCUAUGGCAUGUCCAUUAGCACGUCGUCGCUCAACUACAUAUCCCUGGCGCUGGGCUCGCUCAUUGGUGUCGCCAUCUGUGGCCCGCUUACAGACUGGGUCUACAAGAGACAGAAACAAAGUCAUGGAAUCGCAGAGAACGAGCCGGGUGUCCCCGAGUUUCGCAUUCCUCUCAUGAUACCGGCUGCACUCAUCACGCCGUGCGGCAUUGCCAUUUUUGCCUGGACUGCCGAGAAGCAUUGUCACUUUUUGCUUCCGAAUCUCGGCGUCGCCAUCAUGGCAGGUAGCAGCAUGAUCUCCUACCAGUGCAUCAGCGCCUACAUUGCCGACUGCUACAAGCACUACACCGCCUCGGCCUCUGCAGCCUGCUGCUUCCUCCGCUCCAUGGGCGCUUUUGCGUUUCCUCUAUUCGCCCCGUCGCUGUUCAAGUCACUCGGCUAUGGCUGGGGAGGCUCGGUGCUCGUACUAGUGGCCGUCGUCGUCGGUGUGCCUGCGCCUCUGCUCUUUUGGAAGUUUGGAGCAAAGCUGAGACAGACGAGUCGGUUCAGAAGGGGGCGUACAUGA